AUGCGUACUUCAAUCAUCUUCGCCCGCCUCAGUGGCCUCUGCCUCGUCGCAGCCGCAAGCACCUCCACCAUUGUCGAGACCAAAACUUCUACAAUCAUUUCCUGUGACUCUGGAGUUACCGAUUGCUCUGGACAAAAGUCGACAACAGCUGCGGCGCCUCAAUAUGGCACCUCUGCUGCAGUCGCUACUUCGUCAAUUUACACCGCAUCCGACAAGACUGUAGCUUCUUCUGGUUAUCAAUUCCCAUCGCCAGCAGCAUCCAGCUCGAAGGCGAGCGUCUCUACAUCUGCUCCAGUCGUCUCGUCCGUCGCUGCAACUACUCCGGCUACCUCUGCAGUCAUUGAGUCCUCCAAACCUGCAGCCUCACCUUCAGUCGCAUCUUCCGCACAAGCACCUGUUUCUAGCGCAGCCUACCCUUCAAGCAACCAUACUGCACCAGCAACUACACCAGCAUCUACAUCAACCCCUGUCGUCAGCGUCAACUCUAACUCCGGUACCAAUGCUACCAGCAAGGCUUCUGUUGUUCCAUCGGGCCCAGGCAGUGCUCCUACAAGCAUGGUCAUCGUUACUGGCACUGCACCACAUACCAAUGCCACAGUCUCGAGCAUUGUAGUAGUUACUCCAACUGCUCCAUCCGCUCCUGCAAGCACCGCUAUUACUCAACCAACUGGCUCUGGCGCAAGUGCUCACAUGGUUGUGCCAGGCAUUAUGUUGGGUCUUCUCGCUAUGGGAGCUUGCAUUCUCGGUUAA